CGUACCUUACUCGAGACCUUAGCAGCAAGUGCUUCACCGACGCAGUGCGCACCCUCUCCCUCUAAACGCAUACCUGGGCGCAUCACGCUGUUGCGCUGAUCGCACGUUUCUGCUCUCACAGGCACGCCGAAACCCUAUACAUGCAACAGAAAUGCAGGGUUUCAACGUAAACUUCACGCCGGGAAACUAUACACUAUAGUGACUCAGGCCUCUUAGAACGAACGAGUCGGGGACGUCGCGAUAGUGCAGCGCGGGAUGACCAUGCAUCGCCGGCGUUUCCUCGAUUUCAGAAACAAGCCGGGAAUCUUGUAAAGCAAACAACAGGUGUACUUCGUCACGGAGGCGACUUCUGCUUGGACCGUUAUCACGGAGGCACGCCGCGGCCCUGCCUGCGAUAAGCUCCGGAACGCGCGGGCCGCCACUCCACCUCAGUGCACCGCUGCAAACUGGGCAGAAGGCACGCUGCCGCGCUAAUCGGUAGCGGCCUAGGUCUCGAAGACAAAGAUGGCGGACGUGCGAUGGACUGCCGUCUGCUUGGUGUGCGUCGCUUCGGCCUGCUGGGCCCAGGACGUAGGCUCGGGAAGCGGACGUGGGUCUUCGGGCGAUGAUUUGAACGCCUUUGAGGACCGACUGGUGUACCCGCAGCGUCCGGCUGACUACCAGACGUUCCGCAAGUCGCUGAUGUAUCCGUACGAAUACAAGGACCUUCAGUCCAUCGAUUCGAGCAAGCUGGAGAGCGAGAUCUCGCUACAGGCCAGGCUGCCUUUCUUCGGCUUCCACUACAAGUACAUCAAGGUGCACCUGAACGGCUACCUGCACUUCAGCGGCUCGCCGGCCGCGUAUCGGUUUCCCGUGCGCUUUCCAAUGCGGCCGGAGGACACGAUACGGGAAAAGGACCCGGCCCUGAUCGCACCCUGGCUCAGCUACCAGAGCAUGGUGGAGCACAUACCCGAGUCUGGCGUCUACUUCCGUCUGUUCCGCAUCGGCGAGUACUCGGACCGGGACCCCGAGCAGUGGCUGGAGCGGCGUGCGAUCGAGGACUUCCGCGAGGGCAUGAUCGGAGCGGCCGAUUUUAAGCCGGCGUUCGUGGUCAUCGCCACAUGGAGGAACGUCACGCUGACCGGCAUGCAGAGCAAGAGCAACGUCAAGACCAACACGUACCAGGUGGUCCUGGCGAGUGACGAACGACGCACGUACGUGAUGUUCAACUACGAGAAGAUCGACUGGAUCGCCGUCAACGAUGUCAACAACGGCGAGAACGGCGAGAACCCGUUCGUGGGCUUCAACGCGGGAAACACGACGCGGUACUACGAGUUUAUCCCGUACUCCCAAGAGCCCCGGGUCAAGAACCUGCCCCAGCACGGCGAAGGCAACGGCAUCAAGGGACGCUACAUCUUCGAAAUAGAAGAGGAAAUCUAUCACGGAUCGUGCAUCAAAUGGGAGUUGGUGCCUCACCUGAUCACGAGCAGACCGCGGCUGACUUUCUUCCCCAAGUACGCGACAAUGCUGGGCGGAACUCUAAUCAACGUGACGGGUCCCUGCUUCGACCCCAACGAGAAGAUCGAGUGCCAGUUCCAGGACAUGUCAGGCCACAGGCUGCCGGCCAUCUACCGCGACACCAACCACGCCACGUGCCUCAUGCCACCCGUGUUCUUCCACGGAUACGUAGAUCUCACCGUGUCCCAGGGAAGCCGGGACGCCAUGUUCUACGGGCGAUUCUACGUCCAGCCUCCGGAACUUGCGGCCGAAGACAUCGAAAUCUUGGACGACAGCGACAAGGAGGAGAGGCCAGAGAUGAUGCGCAUUAAGUGGAAACCAGACAAGCUCGUAAACAACAACAACACCAACGUCCAGCUUCACCUGUGGGGUUACAACGAUGACCUGGAGUACCCGCAGUUGACGUACAUCGACACACUGGCGAGCGGCAUGCGCAACGGUGAGAUGCGCUACACGCUGAACAUGGAGAUGUACCGAGAGCGCUACAACUGGGACAAGCUGCACUACAAGUUCGGCUUCCUCAGCAUAAACCUCACCGACGGCAGCGCCAUCGCCAAAGACUACAAGGCUUCGCCGACCAUCUGGAGCCGGCCGAUGCCGCUGGCCUGGUACUUCGCGCACCAGUGGGACCGUGCGUACGGCAACAACUGGAAGGACCGCUUCUGCAACGAGUGGUUCGAGCGGGAAAGCAACUCGGACCGGUUCGCGCUCACGCUGUGGCGAUGUCCAUGCACCAUGAAGCAGUCGGACUUCGACCGGGGCCGCUUCGCGCCCGACACCAGCUGCAACACGUACACCAAGAAGUGCGACCCGCUGCACAAGGGGGCCCAGCAUUGCGUGCGAACCGGAAGACCCUCAGUGGGCGGCUCCGGACAGACCUGCUGCUACGACAUGGAGGGCGAGCUGAUGCUCACAGCGGACACCAUGUACGGAGGCCGACCGUCACGAAUCUUCAGCUACGGCAUCCUGCCUUUCAACAGUCGCAUGAAGGUUCCGUCGCUGUCCAACUGGAACAUCGACGCGAUGCCGUUCUUCUACUGCUGCCACUGGCAGCACACCAAGGACGACUCGACCUCGUGCCAGCAGUACAAGUACUGGCGCACCUCGCAGGACUGCACCGCCUACCAGUCGCCGGGAUACGCUGCCGUGUUUGGCGACCCCCACUUCCUGACCUUUGACCGCGCCAACUACACCUUCACGGCGCGCGGCGAGUUCGUGCUGGUGCGGGUCAAUGACCCCAAGGGCAAGCUGGAGAUCCAGGGCCGCUUCGAGAGUGUGCGCCGGGCAUUGCUCUCAGAUCGCGUGGUGAAUGGGACCUUCCUGAGUGCUGUUGCAGUCCGCGACAACACGUCCUCGACUGUGGAGAUUCACCUGCGUCCACUAGCGGCAAGGUUUAUCUACCAGCUCUACCUGGUAGUUGACAAUGAGUUCAUCUACUUUUGGGACGACACCAUGCGCAUUCAGCACUUCAAGGGUGUAACAAUUUACCAACCGACUGGUUACUACAACAUGUCCAAGAUCGUGUGCAUGUUUGACUCUGGUGCUGGAGUAGAAGUCUUGGUGAAGGACGAACAGCUGUCUAUGAAUGUCUUCCUACCUGUGGAGUUCAUUAAUAUCACAAGAGGAUUACUGGGAUACUGGGACAAGCGAAAAGAGAAUGACUUUAUGCCUCCACAUGGAAACGCCUUUGUACCAAUCACAGCAACAUUAGAACAGAUCUACCAUCAGUUUGGCAACUUAUGCAAGUUAAAUGAAUCAAGCUCUCUGUUCAACCAUGAUGUAAUGGGCUACAAGUUUGGCCACUACGAUGACCAGUCGUUCCUGCCGUACCUUGAAGACCCUCCACGAAUACCACAGAAUUUUACGUACCGGCCCCAGGACGUUCAAGAUACAUGUUCUGGGUCAAAGGCCUGCAUAUACGACUUCAUAGUAACUGGAGACAAGAGAUAUGCUGCCACAACAAAAUCUAAUGAGGCUGCAGUUUAUGCCGCAGCUAACGAAGUUCGUGAGCAAGUGAUCCGUUGUCCUGCCAUCGACAAGCCUGCCAAUGGCCGCAAGAGUGAGAUUCGAAACUUUGUGGGACGAACAGUGCGAUUUACAUGCAAUGAAGGAUACCGUCUCGUUGGACAUGAGGUGCGGCAGUGUAAAGAGUACGGCCUAUGGUCCUGGGGCGUCGAUGUCGUCUGCAUCAGCAAUGCCAGCUACGCACGUAAGAUAGCUGGCGUAACCCUUGGCAUCCUGCUGCCAAUUGCACUCAUCUUCUGCAUUGUCUUCUUCUGCUUCUUCAAGCGCAACAGACACAAAAACAGCCACUACACAGGCUCCAACGGAGACUUUAGUAAGUUUCCAGAGCGCAGGGCAAAGACGUACCAUGGCCCAGCACCAGAGAAAGUCAGCGAGACGGCAACCUGAGCACAGGAAAGCACCACCACUUGGGGACAAAAGCAGAAGAAAUAGCAUUUUGUACAUAAGCACCCUCCCAUUUCCAGGGUCGACAUAUGACACUUCAUGAACCAUACAUCUAUGCCAAUGGCGAAGACUUGGUGACACAUGCUAGUUCAUUACAGUUAGCAGAACAUGCAAUUCCAGAGCUGCCACAUGGCACGAAGCACAUCCAGGAAGGUGAUGCAGGUGCCAGAGGUAAGCUAAUCUUGGCUUCAGCUGAAGACAUCGAUACCUACAUCAGCAUAGUGCAUAGGCACUCGUAUUUAGGGUGGACAUGUGGCUGCUCAUUCAACAAAUGAUACUAGGAUGUCCAAAAAGCAUGCCCAUGCUAAAUGUGAUUGUAUGUGCACUGUGCCACAUUAUGCAUGAAGCAAAUGCUCCUGUGGCCAAGAAGACGAAAUCACUCUCUUAAACAACCAUGGCCGCGAUAUUGUAGUGAUGUCUUUUCCUGAUGCUAAUGCCUUUUGUGCUUUUCACAUUCGUGAGUGGACAAGAGGCCCUCCACCCGGGUCCGCCCGGGUUGCAGCGUUGAACGCAGCCAGUCACGAACGCGAAAAGCACGAAAGGCAUUAGCAUCGAGAAAAGACAUCGCUACAAAAUCGUGGCCCAUGUCAGCUCUAGGGGACCAAUAAAUGGUUGUUAGCAACAUACAUAGAGGGUACAACACACAAAAUAAGGGCUCGUCUGAGUAUGUGUAAAGAAACUUCCUCAGGACUAGUUCAAGAAACAACGUACUUUGCAGUACUGCAAAAUUUGGAGUCAAGUGUGGUUAUGUGCUGACAGCUGCAGUCAAGUGCAGUUAAUAUCACUGCUGUAUGAACACAUAUACCCAUGAACAAACCUUGGCAAGGCCAAGAGCCUGCAUGUUUGAGAAACUGCCAUGUAGUGUACAUAAAAAAUAACUGUACAACAUAACAUGCUAACUUUCAUCAUGCAUACAUAUAGCUUUCCUUUUUUUUUUUACAUACAUAGAUGUAGCCGCAUAAGCUGCAACAAUUUUUUUGUGGAAUGUCAUGUAGUGUUUAUGUAUUGUAACAUGUCAACUUUUUAUGAUGAUUAAAUAAAGUAUAACACACACCA